AUUUGAGUUUAAUUCAAGGUCGAAAGACAGAUUAUGCAUGCACCAAUGACUAAUGAUGUAUUCAUACGCAGGUCGUGAAGAUGAUCGUCCCAAUCAACAAUAUAAAUUCAUAUUACAUAAUAAAUUUAAUUUAAUAUCUGGUAGCUGAUGUGCAAUUUUUAUUUCUAUAUUUAUGACUUUAAUCGAAUUUGAGCAAUGUAUUUCUUAUCGUUCGCAUGAAUAAUUAAAAUAAAAUAAUUCGUAUUGUGCAUAAUUAAUUUAUUUUAAUAGGGCCCUAAAAAUUUGUAAUGCCUCAGGGCCUUCGAAGGUUAAAUCCUUCACUGUAUGUAACGGCGCCAAAGAGAUACAGAUAUAAAACUUUUUAAGAAUAAAGGCAAAAUUGUAGGUAGCGAAUUGUAGAUUACACACUUUUGAUUGGUCAAAAAUACUAAUGUUUACAUUUGAAAUGUUAAAUCUUUUUUAGUUCGUGUAUGAAGUCCGAUUAUCAGAAAAUAUUUGCUACAGAUUAAACAUGUGAGAAAUUAUGUUUACUGAAAAUAUAUAAGUGUUAAAAAAUAAUCUAUUAUAUUUUUUACAAAAUUCUGUAAAAAAUUAAUAAAAGUAAUAUGAAUAACAUAAACAUACGUGAUGCUAUUGUAAAGGCUUCUCAAAUACCAAGAACAGACGAAGAGAUAUAUUUUGUUCGACUUGACAAACCGGACCAAUCUUGGAUUGAUCAUAACAUGAAUUUAAAGAAUAUUAAAGUACCAAGAAAUAUACAGUUAAUAGAAACAGAUACUUUAGAUACAUCAAAUAAUAUGGACUCAAAAUAUUGUUUAAAUGAAAAUGAAAUAUUGUCUUCUAUAAAAGCUGUAAAUGGUGGAAUUAGUUAUUCUAAUAAAUUUCUAGAAUAUCAAUGGAAAUUAAAACAAAUGAGAAACAAUUUAGAUACAGAGAACGUUAACACUAAUAUAUCAAACAGUAAAACUUACUCUAAUUGUAACAAUGAUGUUAAAUCAUCAAAUGUACAAAUUAUUAAUACAGACAAAUCAAAAAAAAUAGAAAAUAAUGAAGAUUCUCAUUCUAUUCAAGAAGUUCUAAAACAGUGUAAACUUGAAAAGAAUGCUUUAAUCUUAGGACUUUUAAAUAGUAAACAAAUAACUAUAGAAGAUUUGCAAAUACCAAGCAAAUCAAAUUUAAAACAUGAAACAUUCCACAAUCACUCUGAUCUUCAAACUGAAGAUAUUGCUGUUGGAAAUCAUCUAAUACAGCAUCCAGAUGAUCCAGACAUAUAUAUCCAUCCAUUGCAACUAAUGGAAAAAUCAAAAAAGCAUGCUAAUAUAAUGCUAGAAUAUGUCGGAAUGAAGGAAGUAGUUACUCCAAAACAAUAUUAUAUUAAUGAGACUGAUAAUAUGUCAUUUGAGUUUAUAAAAAAAAAUGUAGAAAAUAAGUAAUUAUUAUAAAUAUACCAUAAUCAAGAUAUAUUUAUAAAUUUAGUAUUAAAUAUGAUUUUUUAUAUAGUUUAGAAGGUAUAAUAUAGCUUAGAAAGUAUGCAUAAAAUGAGUGAUAUUGAAAGAUAUUAGAAAUUGAUACAUGAGUUCUUAUAUCAAAAUUAGUAAUAUAAAGAACAUCAAAAAAGUUAUUUUUUUAAACAAAUACUUGUAAGCUAAAUAUUUUGUCAAAUUAUAUAAGACUUG